UGCAACGGUCGUUAAGUGUGAAAAGCGGUCAUAAGUCUCCUUUUUCAGUGCCGUUGUAACUUCGAAUGGUCACUAAAGUAAUUGUUGUAAGUCGAGGGUUAUCUGUUUAUACGUGUGUGCGCGUACAUGUGUAUGUAUAUAAAAACAUAGGUAUAUUUUAUGAUACACAUACAACCCCCCCCCAAGACUCCCUAGAUCCAUCCUGGCAGCAACCGAAGCGGCCGCCUACGAGCAAGCCCCGCAGGUCCCAAGAGGCCGGAAGGGCUCGGGCUGCCCCUCGGGGACGCCUAGGGCCGGCCUGGGCCCAGAGCUCCCUUGGUAACCGGGGCGCCGUGGUCACCAGCCGCCGGACGAUCGAGGCGCCCUUCCGGAGGCCAGGCCAAGCAGCCCUACCGACUGGAGCCAGGGCGGCCGCUCGGCCGAGCGCCGGAUCCCAGGCCGCCUCCCGCAGCCGUUGCCAGGCCGCCGCUUCUUCUCCCUCGCUGUCGCUCGCCUCGGGCUCGGGCGCCGCCAUCGCGAAGCCGUGCAGGCCGCGGAGCACUCUGGGAGUCGUAGUCCGGAGGCCGCUGAGGCGCGCCGGCGGUGGGGGGGGGAGGGCGGGCGCGAGAAGCGCGGCCUCCCGCGGGACCCGGAUCAGGAAAGGCCACUGCUCUUUGAACCGCUUCCAGGCCGCGGGGACGGAACUUUUCGCCGCCGGAACCUUCGUCGCGGGCGCGUGGCGGCGCAGAGGCGAAAGGCGCUUCCGGUUCAGGCCUCACUUCCGGCUGGGAGGGGAAAGAAACGUCCGCCGUCCGGGAAGAAGAGCGGCGCCUGUGGCCCCUUCCGGUGGUUGUGGGUGGACAUUUUCAUCAGGGCUGAGAGAAGAUAUAGACGUCCUCUUUGCUGCUUUGGUUUUUCUUGGAAAUAUUUGCAUAGGAGGUGAGCAGAGAUUGCUUCAGGAUUCAGCUUCGCACAGACUUCCUAACCAGAAGCCAAGAAUGGCCAGCAAAGGACCUGCGGCUUCAGCUUCCACAGAAAGUUCCAGUGCAGGUGGAACCAGUGGGAACAGCAGCAACGGGGACAGUCCGGGUCAGGAUAGCACAUUUGAAUGCAACAUCUGUUUGGACACCGCCAAGGAUGCUGUGAUCAGUCUGUGUGGCCACCUCUUCUGUUGGCCUUGUUUACACCAGUGGCUGGAGACCAGGCCAAACAGACAGGUGUGUCCUGUAUGUAAAGCAGGAAUCAGCCGUGAUAAAGUUAUACCACUUUAUGGAAGGGGCAGCACUGGACAACAGGACCCCAGGGAGAAAACGCCACCUCGACCUCAAGGCCAGAGACCUGAGCCAGAAAACAGAGGGGGCUUCCAGGGUUUUGGGUUUGGUGAUGGAGGCUUCCAAAUGUCAUUUGGAAUUGGAGCAUUUCCAUUUGGCAUAUUUGCUACAGCCUUCAAUAUAAACGAUGGGAGGCCUCCUCCAGCUGUUCCAGGGACUCCUCAGUAUGUGGAUGAACAGUUUCUUUCUCGCCUCUUCCUGUUCGUGGCCCUCGUCAUCAUGUUUUGGCUCCUGAUAGCUUAACUUUGCUCCAUACUUUGCGGAGCUCUGAACCAGCCACAGACUCUGCUUGUCUCCCUCUUGGUGUCCAAUUCUUCAGCUAAUGAUGGGCUCCUAAAAACCACUGGUGUCUUCUUGUGAGGAGGAGUCUCUUAUUUUUCCAGAGCUACGCAGUUAACGCUUUUUCAAGUUUUCUAAAGCUCAGCUGUAACUCACACAGCAAGGAACUGUGACCCUAGCUUUGAGCUCCGUAUCUCAAUGAGGAGCGUUUGAAUCUUGUGCCAAACAAUUGGAAGAGAUGCUGCCCCAAAGGGAAUCAGGCAUGGUGGCUAGCAAUGGACCUCUUCUCACAUACGCCACUGUUUUGUGUCUCAAGAGCAAUGAGAGGAAGGCAGUCAGUGGACUUCAGAACCCAGCUGUAUAUCUUGCUCAAAAGCCAACUGACUCCAGGUAAUACCUUCUAUAGAUAGGACAUCUGGCUGAAGAGGAUUGUGUCCCAUUCCUGCUGUUCCUUCCUACCCAAGUGAUAAAAAACCAUCUUUGUUUUUCCAGCAAUCACAAAAAUGAAAGGAUAAAAGAUUCUUUAACCUAAAAUGGUAGCAUAUCUAAAUUUACUGGAAUCGGGGAGGGGGCAGAAUCUCUCAUCUCAGGGUUUUGGAGGGGCUGUUAGCUGUCAUGCAGCACACUUCCUCGCUGAUUUUAAAGGGUUUGUAGCAGCUAUCAACUUUUAAUUUAGGUAGACAUAAUUCCAGCUGCUGUUCUGAUUAUUCUCCUUCCUGAAAUGUACAUUUUUUUCCAUAUUUGGAAUAGGUUAACUGGGAGGAGUAUAGGACAGUCUCUUACAGGGGGUAAUUUGCUGAGUAUUUUAUGCCUCCCCACCUCACAAUUAUGAUUAUUACGCAAAUGGGAAUCUGUACAUUUUUGACAAGAGUAAGGAAUUCUGUUUAAACGGUUUGCAUGUGGCCAAGGGGGCCAUUGGGAUGUGAGUUUUUUCAAAUUACCAAAGACAUGAUUUUUUGGAAGGGUAAUCAAGGGCCCAAUGCAGCAGUGGUUUGAACAGCGCUUUAGCCACAGAGCACCCCGUAUGAUGGUACUGAGUGCAUUUGGAGACCCCUUUACAGAAGGGGCGGAGGAAGAAUCAUGCUUUAAAAUAAUUGCGGUUGAAUCUUUUGGGCCCGCAGGAUGCAACAUACACUUGACUGACUGCCAAUACUCUUGUAAGAGUGACUCUCAAGGACCUAUUUAUUUUGUGAUUCUUUUGGUCUUCUGGAUGUUAACAGGCUUGCUGGUCAGACCCCAAUGACGUUGAAGCUUGUUUUUUCUGUAGCUAUGAUGUGGGGGGCGGGGCGGGACGGGGGGGGGGAGCAAGGUUGGAAAUCUCAAGAGCAAGAUGCAUGUCACCACUAUUUCCUUUCCCAGAAGUAGUAAGAAUACCAAAUGUGAAUUUUCUUCUGGCCCAAAUUCUGUCCUGGCUCUUGGUCUUUCAGUACAGGGGGCAGACCUAGCUUGACACAGCAGUGCUCUAUCACUUGUCAACAAAAUCAGACUUGGUAACAAGAAGGCUCCAUCCCUUGAAAAUCAGUGCCACCUACUGUCAACGAAAAACAUUCAGUUGCAUUGUAACAUUGUAAAAUAAAACAUAUUUUAUUUCUCCCUUUACUAGAAAUUUUAUCAUACUGGAAAUGCUGGAUUUCUAAAAUCAAUCUUGAAUUGUCAGACAUUGAUGGUUGGAUUGGCUGUGCUGGCCAAGGUCCAUUGUCUUUGGGGGUGGGGUUAUUUCUGUCUUGUCUGCUUUUGGGGGGAACAGAAUUGCCUGGUGCCUGAAAAAGUUUCUGGCUGAAUAGCCACAGCUGAUUGUGGCAGAUUCUGGGCUUCCUCUGCUUCAGGGAGCCAUUGGCCCCUCGGAUUAUGCUUGUUUGAUAAGCAGACCCACCCCUGGACUUCCUCUGGUCUUAAAGGCCCUCUCUGCCUCACACUCUUUGUAUUCCCCCCUCCUUUUUUUUUUCCUUCCGCACCAUCUAUUCAGAUUCUUCCUGGCUUGUGGUUAGCAAAGUAUGGUACCACUGUUCAACACUGCUGUUCACUAAUUUUCACUGUUGUGAAAGCCAGAAUAAACAUCUUUUUACAUUAUC